AUGAUGCUUACCCGAUUUAUCAUGUAUCCGCACAUGUUCUUCGCAAGCCUGAUUCAUCCCACUGAAUCGCUCUUUGUGCCAGCUUUUGCUGUAUCGUGGGGUACACUGUUGAUUGACAUGACGGAAUUUGGAAGCGGUCGUGCCGGUGAAUGGCUUAACCAGACAUUGCUGGUUCUUUACUGGAUCAACGUGGCUUUUUCCUUCUGCCUGAGUCUAACCGUUUAUCUGACUCUCUGGUCAUCUCAAUCGUUCACCCUCGAUCGCAUGACUCCAAUUUGGAUCUUCCCAGCCUAUCCCCUCCUCAUCAUUGGAACUCACGCUGGGGCACUGUCUGGAAAGUUGUCUGAUCCUCGCCAAGCCAUCCAGGUCAUUGUUGGUGGGUGCACACUCCAAGGAAUUGGUUUCCUCGUCUCUCUAAGCAUCUAUUCGGCCUAUGUAUAUCGACUCUUCUCGCAUAAGAUUCCUGUCGAGUCCCUUCGACCUGGCAUGUUUGUCUCUGUCGGCCCUUCGGCGUUCACGGUCAGUGGAAUGCUCAACUGUGUCAUGAAUCUACCCGGCAUCAUUGCAAAAACUCCUGGAUCGACCUUUAUCGGGGUGCCCGGCGAGCUUGCGGCUCAGAUCUUACGAGUUUCCGUCAGCUGGUUCUCACUUUGGGUAUGGGGGCUGGCCUGGUGGUUUUUCUUUGUUAGCUUGGCAUCCAACAUCGUCUGUCUCAGGGAGAAGCACCGUGUGCCAUUCUCCAUGCCAUGGUUUAGUUUCGUCUUUCCUCAGACAGCUCUUACCGCCGCAACAUUUGCCAUCGCAAAUUCAUUCGAGAUUGAGGCUCUCAAAAUUAUCGGCUGCGUCCUAACAUGCCUGUUGGUUGUGGUGUGGUUGCUGGUCGUUGGAAGCAUGGUCAAAGCUAUUAUUGAUAAGCAGAUCCUCUGGCCGGAGAAGGGCGAAGAUCGAACGGAGGGCAAUUUCAAACCUGACAAAGUCAUGCCACCUUUGGUCAGAAUCUCGACUGGCGGGCUUACUUUCCGAGGGGUGAGGAAAAACUUCGACGAGGACGAUACAGAGAAUCGAGGUAAUUAA